AUGGGUGUAGCAGCAGAAAACGACCUGCUGCUGUGGCUGCAGCGCCAGCAGCAAACCACUUGCUGUUGCGGCUGCAGCAAGAGCAAACCACCUGCUGCUGCUGCUGCUGCAGCAGUAACAGUACUUCAGUUGUCAGUGGUGGAAGAGUUGCGCCGCACGAAGUCAGACAUCUUCCUGUUCAAAGGAGUGUGCUCGUGCUUCUCCGGGAUCUUCUCAGCCACCAGCGACUCCGCCCUGCAGCAGCAGCAGCAGCAGCAGCAGAGAAAAUAUGCGGCACUUGCAUGCGCAGACGAACUCCAGCACUGCCUUGGCGCAGCAGCUGCUGCUGCUAUACACGAAGUCGUCAGGGCACAGACAGAAGUAAAAAAAACACGAAGAAGCAGAGCAGCGACGCAAGGAGCAGCAGCAGCAGCAACAGCAGCAGCAGCAGCAGCGACGUACCGCUGGAUGAGUUCAGUCAGCGCCUGCGGGUUGCUGUCGUUUUUCUUCAGAGUCCUGCAGCAGCAGCAGCAGCCCAGCAGCCACAGUGAUGAAGAAACAGCCACGCCUCCAGUGAGCAGCAGCAGCAACAGUAGUGGCUACGUCCAGCAGCAGCAGCAGCAGCAGAAGAUGGCUUACUUCUCGAGCUCCGCGGAGACUUCCUUUCCCCUUGCUUGCGACAUUUUAGCGAUAAGAAUGGUAACCUGCAACAGCACGAAACCAGCGCAACAAGGAGUACCGAAGUAG